AUGAUUCGCAAACAAAAAUACCAGGAAUUGUGGUCGAGAUAUUUUUGGUCAAUUGUCGAUGAUCUUUUCAACGGUUUGUGCGGUUAUGAUGAUCAAGUCUCUAUUGAUAGGCAGUCUGAUGAAAACAAUUUAAAAAGUGUUAAGAGAAAAAGAAUUUCAACAACGAUAAUGAAGCAUUACAUGACCGAUCAUCUUUCUUUUGUCGAUGCUUUUCCCAUAAUUAUGUGUGAAAUGAAGCAUCAAAGAUACCGAAAACAACAAGAAAUUAAUCGCUCUUUGCCUUACAUAAGAGUCGAUAAGUAUUGGGUUCUUGUUCUUGGCUUUUGUGUUUAA